AUGGCAGUCAUCAAUCAGCCAUCUUCGCAGAUCAGACUCACCAACGUUUCGUUGGUGAGAAUGAAAAAGGGCAAGAAGCGGUUUGAAAUAGCAUGCUACCAGAAUAAGGUCCAGGACUACCGCGCCGGUGUCGAGAAGGACCUGGACGAGGUUCUUCAGAUUCCGCAGGUGUUUAUAAACGUCUCGAAGGGACAGGUGGCUUCGAAUGACGACCUCAAGAAAGCGUUCGGAUCCACCAACACAGACGAGAUUAUCUUGGAGAUUCUGAAGAAAGGAGAAAUCCAGCUAAGUGAGAAAGAGCGGUCGGCGCAGAACGAGAAAUUGCACAACGAGAUCCUAACCAUCAUCUCUACAAAAUGCAUUAAUCCAAAAACCAAGAAACGAUACCCGCCAACCAUGAUCGACAAGGCUCUUAAGGAACUCAAGUUCAACUCAGUGAAUGCGAAGAACGCCAAAGCCAAAGCUUUGGAAGCAAUUAAACUACUAGUGGAAAAACAGAUAAUUCCUAUCUCCAGAGCUCACAUGAAGCUCAGAAUCUCUCUCAACAGCAAAGAAUACACAAAGAUAGAGACAGAGCUCAAAAAGAUAAUAGCUACCGUGCAAGACGAGGAGAAAGUGGACUCAGAAACAGAAAUCGUGUGUCUGAUCGAGCCCGAGUACUACAAAGAGCUCACCGAGCUAGUCAAGUCGAGAAAGGGGUCUGUUGAAGUUUUAGACAUGGCUGUCAUCGCCGAGGGAGAGCAGAAUUUGUAA